UUACUAUGUAACUUCUUAAGUCCUUGACAUAAUAGAAAAAGGUAAAAAAAAUAUUGAAAUAUAAAAUUUGGAAGUGAUGAGGCUUCACAGUUUUGAGAAGAAAAAUAAAUUAAAUUAGUUGUAAUGAGUUGUUCAUCCGUAGGGACCAAAAGUCAACCAAGAUCAUUCUCAUGUUUUUCUGAUAUUUUAUCACCUGCACCAUUUGAUGAUGUGUAUCAUUUGGAUGACCAGAAAACGAAAAAUGCAAUACCAGUUUUUCAGGCAAGUUGUUAUUCCAAAUGUAAGAGCUCUUACAAUACUGAAGAAUCACAUUUAUUCAAUAGAACAUCUUAUGUUACAAGUGAAAAUUACCAUUCCUUAAACAAAAAUAUAAGCGAUAAAUCUAUGGUAAGAUCUACAAGUACUUUGUUUUACGAUCUAGAUAAAAUAGCGAAAAGACAUUCGUAUCACUCUAUGGCGGAAGGUCUGGCUUCCAAGAGUAUAAAACUUAAAAGAAAUUCUAAUAAAACGAAUAAAACUUGUUUUGUGGCAAAAUCUGAAGCUAUUGUUCAAGAGUGCGAAACUAAAAUACAGCCAAAAUUAAGAGUACGAGACAGCAUACAAACAAAUUCAAAAAAAUCUAAAAGAACAAGUAUUAAUGAACCAAUGUUAUCAUCGGAAAUAUUUCUGAAUGACGACGGUGUUAGCCAGAAGUGUAACUCUUACGCACAAGAACAAGAUUUGCGUCAGCAAAAGUUUUGGUCCUUUGCUAAGUAUCGCACUGAAUUUACUAACCCUACAUCAGAAAAAAAGAAAGCCCGGAAAAAAGAUCGCGGUAAACGUACUGAAGACCCUUGUCCGUGCCAAUUAUUUUCAUAUGCAUGCCCCUGUAGUGAUAAAAAAUCUCUAACAGAGUUAGCCAAAAGUAGUAAAACGCAAACAUUGGCAGAACAAGUAACUAAUACUUCUAAGCCAUUUCUUGCUGAAGAUCAGCUUCUUAUAAAGAACAGCACACAAUAUUCCAAAGAAUAUGACUGUAAUGAAGAAAUACAAACGCAUUCAGAUAUUAAGAACUAUUCAAAUAAAUAUGAUAUAAUUGCUUCAGCUGGACCAGCAACACAAAUGUCUUUGAGACGCGAAACAUCAAAAGGAACUGAUAAAAAUUUGGAUAUCAAAGAUAAUUCUCAGAGUAAAACUAAGUCAAAGAAAAAAAUUAAACAAGUCGUAUGUCCGAAUUGUAAUGAAAAACUUGACAUUUUGAGUACUACUGAAGAAGAAAUCCUAAACGCCAGAAGUUCGCCAAACGCUCGUAACAAUGGGUUCACCACACCCACAGAAAAUAUAAUUAUAAAAAAUACUAUUCAGAACGAUAUCGAUUCAUGUAAUCAUGAUCCUCCCUGCGAAUUGGUACCAAUUUGUCAAAUUUUACCCAUAGAUAAUGUUUAUGUAAAUACAAAAUAUAAAAAUAAAUAUUCCGCACAUAAAUAUAACCAACAAAAAUCGAUAAAAAUUACAAAAGGGUGCAGACACCACCCCCCAUGUACAGUUGUGCCAUCAUGUCAAAGGGUUAAUGUCUUGAAUAACAACUGUGAAUACAUUCCUCAAUGUCUACACCGUCCACGCUGCGUGAAUUUACCAAUAUGUGUUCCAUUUUCUAAGACUUUAAACUACGAUGACUUGAGUAGGACUGCAGAAGAAAUAGAUAAUACAGAAUACAGUCAUACUCCUAGAUAUAAAUAUCAUUUAGGGUAUCACCGUGAUUCACUGAGUAAUUCUGUUGAUAAUCAAUUUAGAGCAGGACAGAAUACAUGUGAAUACGUUAACGAAUAUACUUCAAGAUAUUUAAUGAACUCUGACCCUAUAAAGACGCCUACAACAUUUUCACCAUUUAUAUUACCCUCACCAAAACCCUGUCUUUGCUGCAAAUACGAUAAGUCGUGUCAGUACGACUGCUUAGAUUGUAAAUGCACAUCAUCUUUCAAGCACAGGAUUAAAAAGAGUACGAGUAGUGAUGCUGUGAUAUAUAUUAGGGAUGUUGGUUGCCAAUUUAAAUAUAAAUAUAUAUCUCCUAGAAAUUCAACACUUCAUUCGAAAAUUUCCAGCUCAUCAUUUGAUUUAAAUAACACUAGAGCAAAUAAUUACUACGCAAAUUAUCACACAUUGAGAUACGAAGAUAAAUUCACAAAUCCAAUAUCUGGCGCAGAACUAUCGAUGUCAACAUUCACGACGUCCUCUUUGGAAAUUGAUGUUCAUUGUCCAUCUCACGGGAAACAUGCUAAAAAUAAGCGUGAUACCGGGUUUAACCCAGUGUCCAACUCUCCUUUUGUGGCUGCAUUUAUCACUAACACUAAUUCAUGUAGUAGGAACUAUUUUGACACAGAAUUCAGCAGCAAGACAAACAGAAACCGCUUAAAUACGUACCUCACUAAAUCUCGUAGAAGCUUUUUGAACCAUAAAUAUAAAAAAGCAUUUUCUGUUAGACGACGAAGAAAGUCUAGAGCCAACGCCUUGUUUCAUUCAAGUUCAAGGAGAGGACCGCUUACACAGAAGAGUUUGUAACAUGUUUCUACCCAAUUAUUUUAUAAAUUGUGUAUUUCUUUUUAAAUGUUGAAUAUAAAGAAUAUUAUUUUGUAUCACAAUAAUUUUUAAUAUCUUAAACCUGUUGAUUGUUACCGCUAAAGUUUCAACAGUAUAAAUAU